ACAACAAAACCUGGUAGCCUCUUGUUGGUCGGAAUAAUGAAGAAAGUGAUAUUUCUAUUUAAAUUUUAAGCUCUUCUGGCCAAAAUAUUAUUCAUUAACUAUCUAUAAUUUCUUUGAGAUUCUUUUUUUUACCAAAAUUUAUCUCGGAAAUUUCAUCUCGCCAUGGGAGACGAUGAUGAACAGGACCAGGCGCUAUUUAAUGACCCAAAGUUUGCUUGCAGCAUUUGCUCAAAAAUAUUUAGCACUGCAUAUCUUCUCCGACGACAUCAGACGGUUGCGCACAGCAUUGGAAUCAAUCCGAAAGGCCUGCAGCCCACUUGCAACUUCUGUUUCAAGAAGUUUCAAAACGCCCACACUUAUGACAACCACCGAAAAACGUGUGCAGGACGCCCAACGUCUGCCAGGCCAAAAGUUCAGUACCCUUGUCCAUACUGCGAUAAAAUUUGCACCUCAGUUGGUGGCCUGAAGAGUCACACAACGUUUGUGCAUCCAACCGAGAAACGCAAUGCGGGCGACACUGAUGAUUCUGAUGGACAAGAUGAGGCUGAAAAGGACGUUAAGAUCUACAUUUGCCUGGACUGUGGCAAAACAAGUUCAGGUCAUACUGGCUUCUAUCGUCAUAAGAUGAGCUACUGUAACCCCACUUACAGUAAAAAAUCUGAUCAGGAAAUUGUUGGAAGACGAUUUUGCUGGAACUGCGAGCAGUCUUUUGAAUUUCCUUCUACCUUCAAGAAACACUUUAAAAUCUGCAGCAUCAGUAUUGAAGAAGAAAUUGCCUUGGUGAACAAAACUAAGAAAUGUCAUUACUUCCAAUGCAAUAAUAAUCUCAGUGAGCCAAAUUUUGAGGAAUCUGGAGUCAGACUCUUCCACAUUUCUUUAACAAACCGUCAAGAGUACUUGGAGCGCAUGAAUGUGGCUAGUCUUGCGCCGAAUAUUCCAACAGUUUCUGCCUUACGAAUUUGCUCUAAGCACUUUCCUGAAUCCGCGUUCCAAAAUCGUCCUGGUAUAAUUAAAAUGCUCCAAAAGGGAAGCCUCCCCUUUGACUGGAGAGACUCAUUCUCCAAAGAUGAAGUUGCUGAGAUUGAAGCAAGAAUUUCAUACAAAAAAGGAGACGACAUUCUUGAGUUUAUUGAUUCCCAGAGAGCUUUGGUCUUCCAGCAGGCAGAAGAGGAAAGAAUAGCUGGGGAAACUACUGAAUUAGAAAAUCAAAGGAAAUCAGGAUUCGUUGACCCUAAAAUUUCUCCCAGCAACUUAACGGCACCGUUGGACGAUGAGGAAAUGGAUACACAUGACUUAGGCCAAAGUGAUUUUCAAGAAGAUAAUAAUCCUGUUAUGGAGACGCCUAAAGAAAAGAUCUGCAGAUUGUGUGGGGAGGAGAAAGAGGGAAUGGUCGGGAUAUAUGACGAAGCUGGGAAGGACCUUAACAUGCCCUUCAAAAUGCAAGAAGUCCUUCCAAUAAAAAUUUCUGAGAACGACUCGCUCCCCCAUCAAGUUUGCAUCCAAUGUGCUGGAGGAAUUGAUUUUAUUUAUCAAAUGUACAACAAAAUCAAAGAUACUGACAAGGCUCUUCAAAGCAAGUACGCUCCUCUUGAAGAAGAAAAUUACCAGCAAUCCUUGAUGGAUAUGUUAGGAGGUGACAACGUUGAUGAAAUAAACAAUUAUGAUGACUUUCCUGGCAACGACUUCUUUGGAAUGGACGAUACCCAAGACCAAGAGUAUGUCGAAUUCUCCACCAAAGAUGAGGAAAUCUUUCAGACAGCUCUGAGAGAAAGUAAAAAUCCUCUAAAUGAGGCUUCAUACGCACCUCUAGUGUGUUCUUCCUGCGAGAUUCAGCUUGACAACGCUGAUGCUUUUGUGGACCACUACAGGGUGCAACACAAGCAAGAGCUCACUGCGUGUCCGUUGUGCCAAGUGUUCUUUGACAGCAUCUUCAGCUUACGUCAGCACUGGUACCAACUGCACCUAAAGAUCUUGCACAACACUGAGGUUGAGUUAGCAAACGGUCACAAAGUCAAGAUUCAGAGAAAGCCAACUAAGUAUCAAUGCAAGCAGUGCAAAAUGACCUUUGACAAGAUCUAUUUGUACAAGUCCCACUUGUCUGAAGAGAGAAGGAAACGCCAAAACAAGUCUACCUUGCAAUGUGACUAUUGCGACGAAAUGUUUGAGUCUGAGAUGGACAAGACGUGGCACAUGUUAAACACUCAUCAAGAGUAUUUGCCCUUUGAGUGCUCGAAGUGCAAGCGGAGAUUCAGACUGAAGCACAGUAGGGAUUUGCAUGAACGGUGCCACAAGGAGGAUAGCCACCUCUGCAACACCUGCGGCAAAAUCUUGCCUGACAAAAUGAUGCUCAAACUCCACCUUAGGCAGCACAUGGACCCAGUUCCUUGUCCUGUCUGUGCAAAAGAGUUCAUCCCUGACAAGCUGCGAACCCACAUGAAGAUCCACAAAGACAAGCGGCCAUACCAAUGCACUAAGUGCGAUGAGGCCUUCCAGUUCCUGCACCUGCUCAAAAGGCAUGAAACCCAGGUGCAUGUCGAGAGCAAAUUCAAAUGUUCCCAGUGUUCAUUUGCUUCGCCAAGGAGGACACUGUUGAAUUCCCACAUGAACAAGGUCCAUGGCACAGAGUUCAAGAGUGUCAUUAAGUGCAGAUACAAAGGAUGCUCAGAAGUUUUUGAUGCACCAAGGGAGCUUUACGAACACACCUGUCGUGAACACUCCAAGAAUGGGUACAUUGAAAGGAAAAUGUUGGACGGAACAGAUGGAUACUUCUGCAGAUACUGUGAGCAAGUAUUUGACAUUCCAACAUGGUACUCAAGUCACAUCAAGAAGGUACAUCCUGAUGUUGAAAAUGCAAUAUACACAUGCAGUGUGUGCAAGUUUGAGACACCAAUUUUAGGAGAGCUUGACACCCACCUUGAGCAGCAUGCAGAGUGCUGCCGCUUCCAGUGCCAACAGUGCCCUAUGAUGUUUUCAACGUCGCGCAGAAGAGGCUCCCAUGAAUUUGGGACACACUUUAGAAAGAAAAAAAUGUGUCAGCUUUGUGGGAGAAAUGUGGACAACAUGAAGGAGCACAUGAACGUACACAAAGGUAUCAAACCCUACAAAUGUCCAACCUGCGACCAAGCGUUCCACCUCAGAUCGCAAUGGAAAUCACACUUGUCGAUACACUUGGACAUUCGAAUCCACAAGUGUCGUUUCUGCGAAGCAUCGUUUCGAACAAAACCUGCUUGCAAAAUGCACGAAAAGCUUCACACAGCGGAAACUAUUUACGAAUGUGAAUCUUGUGACUAUGCAUGUACCUCAAAGCAGUCCAUCAGAAAGCACAACCAAAAAUUCCACAUUGUCAACAAAUUGGAAUUUAUUCCAGAAGAGCAGGAGCUGCAGGAAGCUGCGCAUAACAUCCUAGAAGAAGAAGCACCACAGGAGAUGAUUGUUGAAUCAAUUGAAAUGAAAGAAUUUAGUUCUCAGCACAGAAAUGUGGUUGAGGAACAGGUUGUCAUUUCAGAUGAGUUGAUGAGGGAGGACGAGGAGUUGGCGAAGCAUGUGACAGUGCUUGGAGAGGAAGAGCAGAUCAGCUACUUCAUUGUUGAGAUGCACUGAAAAAAUGAUCCGGAUGAUUGUUUACUUUGAUAUUAUAAGGUUUUAAUUACAAUUACAAACUUUACUUAGAACUUCCACAGCACUGAAAAAUAAAACUGAUGAGUGUGUAUGAAAAGGAAAAUUAACUUUUAAAUGUAUUAUUAUAUUGCAUCAUCAUAAUAUAUGCAUAUAUGUUUAUUAUACACUUAAUUUUUAUGAAAUAAAUAUUGUACAUAGACUUACUAGU